GAUAUGAAAAAUGCUGUAAUUGGAAACAACAAACAAAAAGCCAACUUGAUUGUUUUGGGAGCAGUUCCAAGGAGGCCACAAGGGAUUCCUGUGACUCCCAUUGAUCCUUGUGAUUCACAUUUUGAAAGUGCCAGAGAAUCUCUAACUUCCAAAACUUGAUGCUACUUUUUCUGAAAUUCUGUAGAACUCUAUGUUCCUUCAUUCUUCCUGCUUUCUGCUGUUACUUGUUCUGUGCCCAGUUGUGAGAAUUCCCUUUUUUCCCCCCUGCUGUCAAUACCUUCUGGCUGUCUGAGUAAAUUAUACGACUAGCCCAUAACUGCAAAGAAAUCAGUGCAUGGGGGGAAAUCUUGAAAGGGAAAUGCUCGUGCUUGCCCUCGAUAUAAGUUAUCCCCAAUGCUUUUCAGACCAGAUGUAGGUAAAUUGACUGGGAUAUUGUAAGAAAAGACAAUUCUCACUGACUAAAUCUUAAAUAGCAUCAUAUGCCCAUUGGUGCUUUUGUGGAUGCUGUAGAAUUUCAUCAGAAUUCCUGCAAAUGGACUUCAAUAUAACUGAUCUGUAAUCUAUUUGAAAACUUCUCUUGUUCUCUAGCAAGCUCGUGGGAAUUAUGUGGCUUUCUGGACAUACCUUCUACUUCAUGAAAUGGCCCCUGAAACCUCAGGAGUACAGGAAACUUUGUAAUUUCAUUUUGCAGUGUCAAACCUUUCCCCCCGUAAGAACAAAAGUUGCUAUAUUUACUUCAGCAAGAAACCUCCAGCACAGAACUGAGAACAGAGUGCGCAGUGGUCCUUGGAAGCCUGGCAAUGGGUACAGAGAACAAUGUCAAAUCCCUGCUAGACUGCCAUAUCAUCCCUGCCUUGUUGCAAGGGUUACUGUCGCCAGAUUUGAAGUUUAUCGAAGCUUGCCUCAGAUGUCUCCGUACCAUCUUCAUCAGUCCUGUAACUCCAGAGGAUCUGCUAUACACAGAUGCUACAGUUAUCUCCCACCUCAUGGCACUGCUCAGUAGGUCUCGAUAUACACAAGAAUACAUUUGUCAGAUCUUCUCACAUUGCUGCAAACUCCAACACUGGCAUAGCUGCGGCUUUAAAUCAUUGCCUCAGCCACUUCUGUGUGCCAAUGGUCCAGAUCACCAAACAAUCUUGUUUAAUCACGGAGCAGUUCAGAAUAUCGCCCAUCUGUUAGUCUCCACCUCCUACAAAGUUCGAAUGCAAGCAUUGAAAUGCUUCUCAGUUCUAGCCUUUGAAAACCCCCAGGUAUCAAUGACUCUUGUAAAUGGUAAGCAUAAAGUGUUGGUUGAUGGAGAAUUGUUACCCCAAAUUUUUGUCAAGAUGUUACAAAGGGACAAGCCUGUUGAAAUGCAGCUCACAUCAGCUAAAUGCCUUACUUCCAUGUGCAGAGCUGGAGCAAUACGAACAGAUGAUUCCUGCAUCGUUCUCAAGACUCUGCCAUGUUUGGUUCGGAUGUGUAGUAAGGAAAGACUGCUGGAGGAGCGAGUAGAAGGAGCAGAAACACUUGCCUAUUUGAUUGAAACAGAUGUGGAGCUCCAGAGAAUUGCCAGCAUUACUGACCACCUCAUCGUCAUGCUUGCUGACUAUUUCAAGUAUCCCAGCUCAGUGAGUGCAAUCACUGAUAUCAAAAGGCUCGACCAUGACUUGAAGCAUGCUCAUGAACUGCGCCAGGCUGCUUUCAAGCUCUAUGCUUCCCUUGGAGCAAAUGAUGAAGAUAUUCGAAAAAAGAUCAUUGAGACUGAAAAUAUGAUGGACCGUAUUGUUAAUGGCUUGUCUGAAUCUAGUAUCAAGGUGCGAUUAGCUGCAGUCAGAUGUUUGCACAGUUUGUCCCGUUCUGUACAGCAGCUCAGGACAAGUUUUCAGGAUCAUGCUGUAUGGAAACCUUUAAUGAAGGUUUUACAGAAUGCUCCAAAUGAAAUCCUGGUAGUAGCAUCUUCCACACUAUGCAAUCUUCUUCUGGAAUUCUCUCCAAGCAAAGAGCCUAUUUUAGAAUCAGGAGCCAUAGAACUUCUAUGUAGUCUAACACAGAGUGAAAAUCUUGCUUUGCGAGUGAAUGGCAUUUGGGCUUUAAUGAAUGUGGCAUUUCAAGCAGAACAGAAGAUCAAAUCUGAUAUCUUACGAGGUCUGAGUACAGAGCAGUUAUUCCAGUUGCUUUCUGAUUCAGAUGUAAAUGUUCUGAUGAAAACUUUGGGACUGCUCAGGAAUCUUCUAUCCACCCGCCCACACAUAGACCAUAUAAUGAGCACUCACGGGAAACAAAUCAUGCAAGCAGUGACCCUCAUUCUGGAAGGGGAGCACAAUAUAGAAGUCAAAGAGCAGACACUAUGUAUACUUGCCAAUAUAGCAGAUGGAACGACAGCAAAAGAAUUAAUUAUGACCAAUGAUGACAUCCUGCAGAAGAUCAAAUACUACAUGAGUCAUUCAAAUGCUAAACUUCAGCUUGCUGCCAUGUUCUGCAUAUCUAAUCUCGUAUGGAAUGAGGAAGAAGGUUCACAAGAACGACAAGAUAAACUACGAGACAUGGGAAUAGUAGAUAUUCUACAUAAAUUGAGUCAGUCAUCAGAUCCAAAUCUGUGUGACAAGGCGAAGACAGCACUCCAGCAGUAUCUUGCAUGAUCAAAGACUAAUUGAAUCUAUGGACACCCCUCAUGUCUACUUAAGGAAUAGCAGGAAAUAUUCCUGACUCCUUAUAUUUGCACAAGUCACCUUGGGCUGCAUUUUUCUCAGGUGCAGGGAGCUGCUUUGCAGAAACAGUUUAAAUGAUCAGGUCUCCAGUGCACUUGAGAAUUUUCUUGAGGUAGUUUCUUUACUCAGAGGACUCUUGGGGGGUUGUGUUUUUUUUUUUUUUGUUGUUUGUUUGUUUUGUUUUUUUUUUUUUUGUUUUUGUUUUUUUUUUUUUUCCUGAGCUACCUGGACUUUUGAAUAGAACAAUCAGUCAUCAUUUUCCUUUGGGCCUACAAUUUUCUGCUUUUGCUGCAGCCUGCGUGUGUGCUUGGGUGUGAGCGUGUGCUUGGGUGUGAGCGUGUGCUUGGGUGUGAGCGUGUGCUUGGGUGUAUGUGUGUGGGUGUGAUACCUCAAUUUUGUUUUUCCUUUUUUGUGUGUGUGUGAAAAUCUUUUUCUACAGGUUUUCAAGGGUUAACCAUUGUUUGCUGUACGAAUACUUCAAUGAAUUAUAUACAGUUUGAAUGAAUUGUUAUUUAAAAAAAACCAAACUGUUGUAUCCCAUAAAGUUUAUUUUGAAUUUUGAACAGAUGAAUGUUUUUAAGUAAAAUAUAUGCAUUUCUGAAUUUCAGCUUAACUUACAUUAUACUUCAUUUUUAAAGAGGAAAAUAGAGGAAGACAGUAGACUCAAAAUUAUAAGCAGCAUAUUCUGUACUGUGAGGCGAUCCAAGAGUUAGCAUUUUACUACUGUACAAGGUCAGCUGGUACUGAUGACAUACCCAGCUCCAUAGAAUGGGUUAGCUGGAUUGUUUUGGGCUUCUGUACGUUUUUAGAGGAAGGGUCGUACUUGAGUUAGUACGAGUAUUUCCUUUUUUUUUGGAAAGGAACGACUGGCGGCACUAUCAACAGGCAUGUGCCUAUUGCUUUAGAAGCCAAGAACUUGCUCAGAUAAUAGCUGAAGGAUUAGCUUAUUUCACUGAUAGGUAUUUGUUAAUCACUAAUAUCGACAGAGUGAAACAGUACGUUGCAAAAAAGACCAGAAGGACUUGACAAGCAGUGACUAAGGGACUGUUUUGAUUUUGCAUCUUUUGCGUCCAGGUAAUAGUUAAGCAGCUCACAGAAUAUUUCCACGAAAGAUCAGCUGGGUGCAUUAGGUUGGGGAAAGGAUGAAAAAUGAUUAGAGUUUCUGCUCAGUAGUGUCGUUACCAACUUUGUGUGCGUGUGCAAUACAUGCACGUGCAUGGAUUUGGACACCUGGAUAGUAGAGGUGGGAUUUUACUGUAUUCAGAAGCCAAGGUUGUCCAAACCUUGUCCCUAGCCCAAGUUCCUGAAAUUGUGCCUGUAACUGUGGAGGGGAAAUUGUGGCUACAAAUGAAGAAGACUCUGUGAGGUUAGGCUGGGAAAUGAGGUGCCAGGGGCUUGAGGAGUCAAAUAUGCAUAGAAACAGGAGAGAGCAGCAGGGAACUCUUUCAUGCAGUUCAGGGUUCUUGCUUUCUUUCUGUGUCAUCUUUGAUUUCAGUUUAGAGCAUAGUUUUAAUAGUCAGAAUCUCCAAACACUACAUCUAAUUAGCACUAACAGGCACACUAAAGAUUGCAGCCGAUGUCUUAAAACCAAAUCUUUCUCCUGUUCCAUUGAGCUUCAGGAAGGCUGCAGCAAGAAGAGAGGUCUGUAACUUUGCUAACCAAUUUUGAUAGGUAUCUUAAUCUUUUAUUUCUGAUCAGAGGGUCAAAUUGUGAUAGCCUUACUUUAUUUCAAAGGUAACUACUUGUGUCAGAAAAUGUGACCACAGUUUGGCCUGGAAUUUGAAUGUUCUAUGUAUCAGAUAACUGUUAUCACUUGGUUGCAAAGGAGAAUAUAUACAUUUAAUGUAACUUCUUCCAAUCUUGAAAGACAAAUAAAAGUGAGCACCUGACACUUUUUUUCCCCCCAGGCACUGCAGUAAGUGACUGGCCAUUUUUUAAUGCCCUUCUGCAAGGUUUUUUUCGUGAUGGAUUUUAGGGGCUGAACAAAAAAGAAAGUAAAAAUCUGUGAGGACUUGAUAAAUAUCAGCACCUCCAGAAGUGACGUCUGGCUUAUAAAUUUCAGUCAACUAUACUUUUGCUUGAACUGAGGAAAGGCUUCUGAGGCAAGUAUCAUAGAAGUAAAACUGCCUGUAGGCUGCAUCUGGCUUCUAAAUUUGCACUCCAGCUACGUACCUUAGGAGUUCAACUUCUUACAUGUCUCUUCUGCCUCCUCCUUCCCAAUUCCCAUUUCUGAAAGUGAAUCUGAAUUUGAUCAUAUUGAACUUUUGUGCCUAAAAAUGCUCAGAAAAAGGUGAGUAAGUUCCUGUAUACGUGUUUUGAGGUUGUUUCCCCAAAGUCUACCAGAAAAACUAAAACCAAUGCUCAGACAAUCUGGUUGCUGCAUGAGAAGAGUUGAUGUUUUCCACCGAUAUUACACUGAUAGGACACUCUGGAUGAGAGCCUUUUUACAUUCAGUUAAGCUUUGUGAAUAAUUUUUGAUGUUGCUAUAGGUAUGUACAAAAAGAAGAAAGUGAAUACUGUAAAUAAAAAGAACUUUACCAGAACAUCUA